GCUCGGACGCCGCGUGGGGCUGGCACUUCCCCGCAGCAGUUGCGCCGCAACUUACCGUCCGGACGGUUGCGCCUAGAAGCGGGUGGCUGAAGCAAUUCUAUUUUACAGAAUUAAUGGAGAACAGACAAGACAUUACAAACCAAGAACCUUGGACAAUGAAACCUAGGAGAAAUCUAGAAGAAGAUGAUUAUUUGAAUAAGGACUCAGGCGAGACCAGCAUGCUAAAAAGACCUGUGCCUUUGCACACGCACCAAACAACCCAUUUUGAUGAAUUUGAUUGCCCCGCGGAGCUUCAACACAAACAGGAACUCUUUCCAAAGUGGCGCUUGCCAAUUAAAAUUGCUGCUAUCGUAUCAUCUCUGACUUUUCUUUACACUCUUCUGAGGGAAAUAAUUCACCCUUUUGUAACUUCCCAUCAACAUUAUUUUUAUAAAAUUCCAAUCCUGGUCAUCAACAAAGUCUUGCCAAUGGUUUCCAUCACCCUCUUGGCACUGGUUUAUUUGCCAGGUGUGAUAGCGGCAAUUGUACAGCUUCAUAAUGGAACCAAAUAUAAGAAAUUUCCACAUUGGUUGGAUAGAUGGAUGUUAACAAGAAAACAAUUUGGGCUUCUCAGUUUCUUUUUUGCUGUACUGCAUGCAAUCUAUAGUUUAUCCUAUCCAAUGAGGCGAUCCUACAGAUACAAGUUGCUAAACUGGGCAUAUCAACAGGUCCAACAAAAUAAAGAAGAUGCCUGGAUUGAGCAUGAUGUUUGGAGAAUGGAAAUUUAUGUGUCUCUGGGAAUUGUGGCACUCGCAAUACUGGCUCUGUUAGCUGUGACAUCUAUUCCAUCUGUGAGCGACUCUCUGACGUGGAGAGAAUUUCACUAUAUCCAGAGCAAGCUAGGAAUUGUUUGCCUUCUGCUGGGCACUAUACAUGCAUUGAUUUUCGCCUGGAAUAAAUGGGUAGAUAUAAAACAAUUUAUAUGGUAUACACCUCCAACUUUUAUGAUCGCUGUUUUCCUUCCAAUCGUUGUCCUGAUUUGUAAAGCCAUACUAUUCCUGCCAUGCUUGAGGAAGAAGAUACUAAAGAUUAGACAUGGUUGGGAAGAUGUCACCAAAAUUAAUAAAACGAAGAUGUCUUCCCAGUUGUAGAACUACUGUUUACAAACAUUUUUGUUCGAUACUGAUGUAUUUUACCAUAAACAUUUCAAAUUUGUGUUUGUUUAAUAAAAUGACCACUUGAGGGUCUUCAUGUA